AUGAAAUUUAAAGAAAUAACAUGUAGACCUCGCCCCAAUUACGUGCAAGUAUGCGGUGCAGAGGUGCAAGUUGCAGAUUCGCUUCGCCUGUCUCUUCUAUCUAUGUAUGUCCCUCCUAGUGCACAUAUCCGCACGAAUGAAUGGAUUGAUUUGCUAUCUCCCUUCGGUCAGGAUACAAUUGUAGGGGGCGAUUUAAAUGCCCACCAUAGUUUGUGGGGCUCCUACAAGCAGGACCAUAAUGGGUGCUCUCUUGUGGAAGCACUAAACUCUAUAGACUGGGUAUUGAUGAAUGAUGGGUCAUCUACUAGACUGCAUAACAAUGGUCUAAAUUCAGUUGUAGAUUUAACUUUUUCUUCCCCGAACCUAGCUAACAUUAUUGAAUGGAAAACCCAUGUUGAUACCCUAGGAUCAGAUCAUUACCCUAUCCUCCUAGAGAUGAAAUCCCCUACAUCACAUUCCGCUUAUGAAGCAUUAAUGAGUCCGCCCGUAGCUCAAUCCCUCUAUAUAAACCCUUCACAAGACAAAAUAAGACACCUGCUCCUUGGUGGGAUCGAGAAUGCGAUGAAGAAAUUAAUAAACGAAAAAAUGCCCUUGCACAGUACAAGCAGAUAUCCAGCGAAGCCAACUUCAUUGCUUGUAAGACAGCAACAGCACACACAGAAAGACUACUAA